AUGUUUUCCCCUUUACUAUGUUUGUUGUUAAGCUAUGCCUUUACCUUCGUUAUUGCGUCUUCGCCUGAUUUGAGUGAACAACUGCCACUUAUGUCUGGAGAUGGAGAUUCUCUCGAGGACGAUAGCUGCCACCAAACGGAAACCUACUAUGGAUCCAUCCCCCCCGAUUUCACUUCCACCUACUACUCAUUUCAACAAGCAUCCGUUACGCCAGCUUGUAUAAUACGGCCUCAUUAUCCUUCUGAAGUAUCAUCCGCCAUGAAAAUUAUCCGAGAAUCUGACUGUCAUUUCGCCAUCAAAAGUGGAGGACAUAAUAUGAAUCAAGGAUUUUCUAAUGUGGAGGGCGGUAUUACCAUUGAUUUGGUGAGAAUGAAGAAUAUUGAAAUUUCGGAGGAUGAGGAAAUUGUAAAGAUGGGGGAGGUUUAUGAGGUUGUAGAACCGAGGGGAUUGAUGGUCGUUGGGGGAAGGGAUUCGACGGUGGGAGUAGGAGGAUUCCUUUUGGGUGAUGAGAUGCUAAGUGUUUCUGAAGGUGGGAUAUCGUUUCUAUCUCAAAGAUAUGGAUGGGGUUCUGACAAUGUUCGAAAUUUCGAGAUUGUCUUUUCCAAUGGAACGUUAGCAAAUGUGAACGCUCAUGAUAACCCAGAUUUGUACUGGGCGUUACGAGGAGGGGGAAAUAAUUUUGGUAUCGUCACGAGAUUUGAUCUGCAGACUUAUCCGCAGGGUCCCGCAUGGGGAGGUCAAAAUUAUUACCUCUUCUCCGACAUUUCAGCCCAACGCAAUACUCUCUCUAUUUCUCCCCGGCCCUUCCUUCCUCUCUCUCUACGCUCCCUUACCAUCCCCCUCACCAACAUAAUCCUCAAAACUGCCUGUCUCCUCUCCUAUUGCACAUCUACCACCACCUUCCUAAACGCCAUCCAAGACCUCGUCACGAACCAAACCUCCGACACCUCAAGCCAGUUCUACGGUUCCAUCGGUUACCUUGCCCAAUACGAUUUAUUCGCCGGACUUACUUGUCUAACGAAUUCAGAUGGUGUGGCUAAUCCUUCGGCAUUCGAAGGGGUAAGAAAAUUGGGGGCUUACAGCACGAAUCGGAAUGCUAGUAUGGGAGAGCUGGCGAAGGAGUUGACGAGUAUGGAUGUUUGGGGUGAUCGAAUUAUCUGGGCAACCAUGACUCUCUACCCUCAUCCAGAGCUCUUCCAGAAAAUCCUCAAUCUCUUCCUCGAGCAAAUAGAAACUAUAAAACAUGUCCCUGGUUUUCUCCCGAGUUUUGUCUUGCAACCGCUAGUUCCUUCUGUUCAUUCGGAUAGAAGUCAGAGUCCAAAUGGAUUAUCUGGAAAUGAUGGGACGCUUAUUGUCUUCAACAUAAAUAUAUGGUGGUCGACCCAGGCCUCUGACUCCUACACGCCUCUAAUGCAACAGUCCACCCACAAACUCAUCUCCAAACUCACCCUGUUCGCUAAAGAAUUGGGUAUCCUCCAUAAAUAUAUUUAUCCCAACUACGCGGAUGCAAGCCAGGAUGUAUUCGCAGGAUAUGGAGAGGAAAAUCUAUCACGGUUGAGACAAGUACAGGAGGCUUAUGAUCCGGACGGCACUUGGCGGAGAUUGCAGACUGGUGGGUUUAAGAUUUGA